CCAAGAGACGCAGUGACAAAGGUAUAUUAUUCCUGCCCAGGUAGGUGCUCGCAUUCCUUCCUCACUUCACAUAUACAACAACACGCCACCACUGCUACGGACCUGCUAUCAACCCACCUGUCUCGUGUCGCUACUGCACACCACACUCUACACGUUCUCACAUACAACGCCACAUCACAACACACUCGAAAUGUCUUCACGAUACUCCGUCUGUGAACCACACCCGUCCGUUCCCCGAUCGGGAGGCUACAUCAUGGGCGGACGUGGCGGCGCUGGCAACUACCACCGCUACAAGGCUGAGGAUCUCACUUCUGGCCACAACGCCACUGGCCCAGCGUCGCGCAUUUCUCUCACUCGUCCUUUCAAGCGCACAAUGACCACCGGCCGCGGAGGCAUGGGCAACACCAUCACCGAAACUGAAGAGAACAUCUUCCAAUUCGACGAGGAGAUGCUCAAGGCUCGCGAGACUGCCGCCACUCCAGUCUAUCGCAUCGGCCGUGGAGGCGCAGGCAACACCGUUCAAGACGACCGCGUCUCAUCUUCAUCCCUCCGCAAGAACUCGACCAGCUCUUCGGCAAGCGAUUCCUCCGACCGACCUGCCAACACCCGACGCGAGUCCGGCAUGUUCUCCUCCAUCUUCAGCCGACGCUCAUCGUAGGCCAAGCACGCUCCGUUUUAGGACGCUGCAAUGUCUCACAGCCGCCUCGAUCGAUCAGCAAGUGCUGCUGAUCGUUCGGUGAUUUCCUCUUCUUGGCUGUGCAGACCGAUCUCUCUUACGACCUUUUUACGAACGACAACUACCUUUUUUAAGCGAGCUGGUUCUUGAUUCUCGCAUCAUUUCGCAUGAUCAAAAAGCGACGGCGCUGGCGGCGACUGAUUCUCCUUUCAUGGAGAGAGCUUUGACUCUCACCAACUUUCUACCCGGUCGGGCACAUUUUCAAACCCCCUUUGGCUAUGCAUAGCUGCCCGACAACCCCCUCGAAAUCGGCAGCAAACAACCAUAAAAGCAUCACGGCGUUCUUGUAUUUGGAGGAAACCUUGCCUGGCAUGGCAUUGGGAAACCACGAAAAAGUUUUGUUGAUAUUGGGUUGAUUUUCCUGUCUGCUUUGUACUUUACUAUCUCAUGUGUGACAACCGGCGAGAAUGAUACCCUGUUGUGUGUUUCUCUUUCUCGUGGCCGAGGGCGCCUGCUACGGCACAAAUCGAAGGAAGAAGAAGUUAUUUUGGUGGAGGUGGAGAAUGGAAGGAAUGUUGUAUUACGUACAAACAUUGAAUCGAAAGAUCGAUCCUGAACACUUUUACUUUCCAGCUUUCCAGCUGUCCUGUCCUUCCCGUUCUGUUCUUGCUCCGUUUGGCAUGAUCCCUCAACUGCAUAAAAUUGACUCAACUUUACUCCUCGAAGCCAAUGCCUGCAUCACGUCGCACAUCACCCCUCACCUGCAUUAUUACUAUGCAUCCUCCCCUCAUCAUGAAGUCGUUGACUAAGACAUCCACAUUCCAGAUCCAUCCCGUCUCUCAACACCCUGUCUUCCGUCCUCUCUUCUGCCGUCCAUUUAUCCUCCGCAGGAUCCAAAUCUCCAAUCAUAUAUCCCGCAAGACGCCAUUGCGCGAUCUCGAACGAGACUCGAAUAGAACAAAUCCCAUCAUCUUCAAUGGAUUCUUUAUCUUCUGCUAGAACCAGAAGUACCGUCUCAUCUCGUAAUGACCUCUCGUCCAUGAUUACGAAGGAAGUGUAAUCUAUAUCUGAUUCUGUUUCCU